AUGGCUGUUCUGUCCGAGGAGCCGAGUCUCCCACCACCCUUGCAGGCCGCCGUUCAGCAGCUCAUCGCGCUCUACGACGGUGCAUCAUCGACCAGCCUCGACUCGGCGGUUUGGAGCGGCGUCGCACGGUCGGGCAAGACCCUCGCCGAUAGCCUGCGGAGCGAGGCUUUGAGGACGGCGGCAGGGCAGGCGGGACUCGUGAGCGCUGUCGCAGGGCUUCUCGCGCAGGCGGUGCUCGCGCAAGGGGGCGGUGCCGAGCUGCUCUCGGCACAGACGGAGCUCGCGCGCGUGGUGGGCAACCUCUGCUUCGAGCACGACCCGAAUCGCCAACUCGUCCUCGACGCCGACAUCCCGCUCUCGCUCGCCCGACUGCUCGGCCGCACGCUCGAGGUCCUGCAUGAGGGCGAGGAGGUGCCCGAGGGCGGGCAGCGGCCCCUGUCGAUCGACGAGCUCAAGUUUGUCCGGGCGACGACGGGCGCGUUUCUCAACGCCUCGCUCAAGUUUGACCCGAUGCGCCGCCACCUCUCUCGACGCGAGAUCCUCGUCCCGCUCCUCGCCCUUCUCGACGCGCGCACGACGGCCGGCAAGUCGACCUCGCCCGUCUACACCGUCGGCUGCUGGGCGCACGAGGUCGGCGAGGGCGAUAACGCCGAUGAGCGCGAGGAGCGGCUCCAGAUCGGGCAGAUGGCGGCCGGGUGGACGGCCAACGUGCUCGAGGAUGUGCUCGGCGAGAGCAAGACCGACUUUCCUCCUUCCGGCGUCCUCUCCCUCGCUUCCAUCGUCCUCGCCGUCUCCUCCCCUUCCGCGUCAUCCACCCUUCCCUCACACGUCUCGACCGACGACGCGACCGACUACCUCGACACCGACAUCGAGCUCCUCACGAUCGCCUCGUCCCUCCUCGAGUCGCUCGCGCAGGACCUCCCGUCCGCCGCGUCCGCCCUCGCCUUCUCGACCUCGUCGCCCUCGCUCCCCUACCCCGACCGCACCCUCCUACACCAGCUCCUCACCUUCAUCGCGCGCGCCAGCGCCCCCGCACACUGGGCCCUCGCGGCCUCGGACGACCCCGCACGGGCCGACAAGGCGUUCGCGGCCGUCAAGGCCGCCGUCGUGCGCGCCGUCGUCGAGGCGCCCAACAAUGACGAGGUCAUGGAGCGCCUGUGGAGCGAGACGAGGAGCGGGACCGGGCAGGGAGAAGGGCAGGGCAGGAGCUGGCUCGUCGAGAUGCUCGUGCGGUGGCUCGAGGAGGCGCAGGGCGAGGGGCGGGAGGACAUGCUCAUCGCGGCGGCGCACGUGCUCGCCGGUCUCGGUCGCAAAGACGAGCACACGCUCUCGCUCGUGCACGACUACGCCCUCGCCGAGCCGCUCGCCCGCACCGUCGCCGAGCGUGUCAGCGGCGCGAUCGGCCGCACGGGCCGACCGGGCGAGACGACCCAGAUCCUGUUCGGCGUCGUGAGCCUCCUGCGGCACUUGGCGAUCCCGGCCGCCAACCGCGACAUCCUGGGCAAGGCGGGCGUCAUCUCGCCGACGGCCGAGCUCCUGCGACGAGAGCUCGACAUGGUCCAGCCGCUGCAAGGCGCCGUCAUUGGGUUGCUCAAGCACCUCGUCACGGGCAACAUCUCGAACGCGCUCGCCGUCCUCGGCCUCCCUCCUCCUUCUUCCGACACUUCCUCCACCACCCCUCUCGACACUCUCCUCGCCCUCAUCUCGCGCACCGACGAGCUGCGCCUGCGCGCCGAGGGCACCCGCGUCCUCGUCAACCUCGCGCGCACGCUCUUCUCGCUCCCGUCGUGCGCCACGUUGCACGAGGACGGCGGGCUCGCAGCGGCGGUCGUGCAGGGGAGGGAGCAGCUCGUCAGGCGGGACGUGAGCGACGCGAUGGGCGAGCUCGUGCGAGGGAGCGAGAAGUUCCCGAUCCUGGUCAACGAGGGCGUGGUCGGGUUGACGUUGGUCGCCGGGAGCGGCAGCAAAGGCGCCUCUCUCGUCCUCGCAUCUCUCCUGCAUCCGCCGUCGCGUGCCGCCCCUCCCGCAUCCGCACCCGAGCCCAACCCGCUCGACGCCGCCGCCGCCUCAGCCUCCAUCGCCACCCUCUCUGCUCCUCCACCACCUCCAGCACCCGCACCCGCUCCCGACGACGCGCCACCGACCGCCGCAGCCAUGCUUGCGCGCUGGCUCUCGCUCGCGCCCACCCUCAUCCAGCAGCCCACGCCCUCACAGGCGCUCCUCCGCCCCGAGAUGCUCGCCAACGCCGCCUCUCUGCUGCACGCCGUCGUCCUCGGCGGCACGGCGGGCUCGUCGCGCGGCGGAGUCGAGGCGCUCAAGGAACUCGUGCAGGUACCGCUCGAGGCGGCGGCGGCGGCGCUCGACGGGCCGGCGGGAGAGGCGGCUCGGCGCGCUGCGGAGGCGGUGGCGAGUGUGCAGGAGCAGUAG